UUUCACUCAUGAUUAUAACGGCUUACAAGCAGAGGAAAUGACGUGCCAAUGUUUUGAAUCGUGCAGGCUAACAAGCUGCACGGAUAGGAAGCCCGUAACCACUGCACUGACCUGGGCUCCCCCAAUACGUCUGGGGGAAACUCUUCAUGUCUCCAUAAUUUCACACAGGAGAACGCAAUGGACCUCCACAAAAUCAUCCACAGCAUGCUGCACGAAUUUAUUCUGACUUAUAUCCCUGAUGCAGAUCUCAGCACACUGGAUGAUGUCCUUCUGUCUUACAUCACUGGAGUCCUGGAGGAUCUUGGCUCCCAGCAGAGUGUUGAGGAAAGCUUUGAUGUGGAGGUCUUUGCAGAGAUGUUAGAAGCGUACAUACCUGGCUUUGCAAAAAUUGACAGUGUAAAAGUCUGUGAAAUGAUGUUCAGCCUGGCUUCAAAACUAGCCACUGCUCGGACCUCAGCUGAUGAAGAAAACGGUGUGCUUAAGACAAGAACAGAAGAGAUUUCACUCAAACUCAACAGCCUGCCCAGUGAAGCUUCACUGGGGAGGGAAACGCAGUGCCUUAAAACACAGACAGAGGGCGCCACUGCCAAGCUGUCAGUCUCUGAGUGGGACACCCAGGAGCAGCACCUGCUCGAGAUGUUUCCCAAGUGUAGUCUCUCCGAGGCUCGCAGUGCUCUUUCUAUUGCCAAAGGAGACAUGGAGGAAGCUGUGCGCCUUAUUAUAGAGGGUGAUGUCCAACUCAGCCCUACUCCCCUUAAUGUAAACCAUGGGAAGAAUAUUUCCUCACUGGCAGACCAGAAACUGAAAGAGAGCAUCCUUGAGAAGUACAUGUUGGUGGACAGGGAGGAGGACAAGAAAACACACCGACCUGUGGCUCCCAAAGAUGCUCCAAAAAAACUGGUCCGGUACCACAGCAACCAGGUGGUAACCACAAAAGGAGAGCGAUAUCAUCUUGUGAAGGAAAAUGAGACGGAAGAUAUGAAGAAGACGUAUGUCAACCUGAAGCCUGCGCGAAAGUACAGAUUCCAUUGAAUCUGUAAGAACAGCUACUGACAUUAUUGUUUAUACCGAGUUACACUUCAUUUUAUUUAGCCUGAAUAUGUUACAUUUUUGCCAAGUAAGAUACUGCAUUUUUAGUGUGUCAGUGGCUUUUUUUAACAAGUAUUACCUUUAUAUGCCUUGGUUAAAACAUUACAAUAUUUCAGUCACUUUUAAUUUUCUUGAGGAGAUUUGAAAUUGUGUGUGAUGUAACUUGUUAUAGCUUAACCUAUCUACAUUUUGUCAUCUCAGCUGGUCUGAUGUUGCACUGACGUCAUUGUUUUUAUUUUUUUACCUCUUUCAUUAUAUAAUUUGUAUUUUCUUCAUUCA